AUGGCCCUGGACGGCGAGCGGGGGGAGCAAGAGGAGGAGAAGAAAAAGAAGAAGAAGAAAAAGAAGAGGAAGAAGAAGAAGGAGGAGGAGGAGGAGGAGGGGGCUGAGAAGAGCAGCUCACCCUGCGCUGCCACGAUGGGGGAGAACGACGCGGCGCUCCGGGCCGGCGGCAGGGGGCUCUCGGACCCGUGGACAGACUCGGUGGGGGUGCGACCCCGCACCACCGAGCGCCACAUCACGGUGCACAAGCGGCUCGUGCUGGCCUUCGCCGUGUCCAUCGUAGCGCUGCUCGCGGUCACCAUGCUCGCGGUCCUGCUCAGCUUGCGCUUCGACGAGUGCGGAGCUAGCGCGGCGCCGGGCGCCGACGGCGGCCCCGCCGGCUUCCCGGUGCGCAGCGGCAACGCCAGCCUUCCGGGGUCGGCCCGGCGCAACCACCACGCCGGCGGGGACUCCUCGGAGCCCGAGGUAGGCGGGGAGGCCACCCCUGGGACCCCGUCAGCCCAGCCGCCGUCGGAGGAGGAGCGGGAGCAGUGGCAGCCGUGGACGCAGCUACGCCUGUCGGGCCAUCUCAAGCCGCUGCACUACAAUCUGAUGCUCACCGCCUUCAUGGAGAACUUCACCUUCUCCGGGGAGGUCAACGUGGAGAUCGCGUGCCGGAACGCCACCCGCUACGUCGUGCUGCACGCCUCCCGGGUGGCGGUCGAGAAGGUGCAGGUGGCUGAGGACCGGGUGGCGGGGGCUGUCCCGGUGGCCGGCUUUUUCCUCUACCCGCAAACCCAGGUCUUGGUGGUGGUGCUGAAUAGGACCUUGGACGCUCAGAGGAAUUACAACCUGAAGAUCAUCUACAACGCCCUGAUCGAGAACGAGCUCUUGGGUUUCUUCCGCAGCUCCUACGUGCUCCACGGGGAGAGAAGGUUCCUUGGUGUUACUCAGUUUUCACCUACACAUGCCAGAAAGGCAUUUCCUUGUUUUGAUGAGCCAAUAUACAAGGCUACUUUCAAAAUUAGCAUCAAGCAUCAAGCAACCUAUUUAUCUUUAUCCAAUAUGCCAGUGGAAACUUCCGUGUUUGAGGAAGAUGGAUGGGUUACGGAUCACUUUUCACAGACCCCUCUCAUGUCUACAUAUUAUUUAGCCUGGGCAAUUUGCAACUUCACAUACAAAGAAACUACCACCAAGAGUGGGGUUGCAGUACGAUUAUAUGCAAGACCCGAUGCUAUCAGAAGAGGAUCUGGGGACUAUGCUCUCCAUAUAACAAAGAGAUUAAUAGAAUUUUAUGAAGACUACUUUAAAGUGCCCUAUUCCUUGCCUAAACUAGAUCUUUUAGCUGUGCCUAAGCACCCGUACGCUGCUAUGGAGAACUGGGGACUAAGUAUUUUUGUGGAGCAAAGAAUACUGCUGGAUCCCAGUGUUUCAUCUAUUUCUUAUUUACUGGAUGUCACCAUGGUCAUUGUUCAUGAGAUAUGUCACCAGUGGUUUGGUGACCUCGUGACUCCUGUGUGGUGGGAAGAUGUGUGGCUGAAGGAAGGUUUUGCUCACUACUUUGAAUUUGUUGGUACAGACUACCUCUAUCCUGGCUGGAACAUGGAAAAACAGAGAUUUCUGACGGAUGUUCUGCAUGAAGUGAUGCUGCUUGACGGCUUGGCCAGUUCCCAUCCAGUAUCACAGGAAGUGCUACAGGCAACAGAUAUUGACAGGGUGUUUGACUGGAUCGCCUAUAAAAAGGGUGCUGCUCUAAUUAGAAUGCUGGCUAAUUUUAUGGGCCACUCAGUAUUUCAGAGGGGUUUGCAAGAUUAUUUAACCAUUCAUAAGUAUGGCAAUGCAGCCAGAAAUGAUCUCUGGAAUACACUAUCAGAGGCUUUAAAAAGGAAUGGAAAAUAUGUAAAUAUACAAGAAGUAAUGGAUCAGUGGACACUCCAGAUGGGCUAUCCUGUUAUCACCAUCUUGGGAAAUACAACAGCAGAAAAUAGAAUAAUAAUUACCCAACAACAUUUUAUUUAUGACAUCAGUGCUAAAACUAAAGCAGUUGAACUUCGAAAUAGCAGUUACCUGUGGCAGAUUCCAUUAACUAUUGUGGUAGGAAAUAGAAGCCAUGUGUCUUCAGAAGCAAUUAUUUGGGUGUCUAACAAAACAGAGCACCACAGAAUAACUCUGGACAAAGGAAGCUGGUUGCUGGGGAAUAUCAAUCAAACUGGAUAUUUUAGAGUCAACUAUGAUUUAAGGAAUUGGAGACUAUUAAUUGAUCAAUUAAUCAGAAACCAUGAGGUUCUCUCGGUCAGUAACAGAGCAGGUUUGAUCGAUGAUGCCUUCAGCCUGGCCAGAGCCGGCUCUUUGCCUCAGCAUAUUCCCCUGGAGAUUAUGAGAUACCUGUCUGAGGAGAAAGAUUUUCUUCCUUGGCAUGCUGCCAGCCGAGCUCUCUAUCCUCUGGAUAAAUUACUGGACCGCAUGGAGAAAUACAAUGUCUUCAAUGAAUAUAUUUUAAAGCAAGUUGCAGCAACGUACAUCAAGCUUGGAUGGCCAAAGAACAAUUUUAAUGGAUCUCUUGUUCAAGCAUCCUACCAACAUGAAGAGCUGCGUCGAGAAGUUAUAAUGCUGGCCUGCAGUUUUGGCAACAAGCACUGCCAUCGGCAGGCGUCAACCCUGAUUUCAGAUUGGAUUUCCAGCAACAGGAACAGGCUUCUGAAUCUGUCACUAAAUUCUGAGGUGGUGUUGGAUCAAGAUGCAAUUGAUGUGAUAAUCCAUGUCGCUCGAAAUCCACAUGGCCGAGACCUUGCCUGGAAGUUUUUUAGAGAUAAAUGGAAGAUAUUAAAUACCAGGUAUGGAGAGGCAUUAUUUAUGAAUUCUAAACUCAUUAGUGGAGUUACAGAAUUUCUUAAUACUGAAGGUGAACUCAAAGAGCUCAAGAACUUCAUGAAGAAUUACGACGGAGUAGCCGCUGCCUCUUUCUUGAGAGCUGUGGAGACUGUCGAGGCCAACGUGCGCUGGAAAAUGCUCUAUCAAGAUGAGCUCUUCCAAUGGUUGGGAAAAGCUCUGAGACACUAAUAUCUCUCUUAUAAACAAUUCAACUCAGAAUUUUGGGAGAAAGCUGCUUUAUAUGGAACGAGGAAAAUGUGCUAUGUGGAAAAUGGCCAGAUUUUCAGUGUUAACGUGUGGGAGGACAUUUUUUUUUUUUAAUUUUUGGUUUUGGGGGAAUUUUUUUGUUUGUUUCAUUCAUUAUGUUUUGUUUCUCUACCGGGUGUUCUUCUCUAAAGAAACUCUUGCAAGUGAAACUAGCCAUGACUGCUUCAGCUGUACAUUCCUUGCUGUACAGGACCAAAUAUGAUAGUGGUGCAUGUAGAUGUUGCAGUCAGUUUGGAAAAACAUAUUCAGAAUAUUUUGUGCAUGGUUGUAUGGUCCUGCUGUGUUCAGCAUGCUUAUUUAAAAUGUCCAAUGUUGUACGUGAAUAUAUGUUACAUCCAGGAUGGGCAUUAUACAAAAGCACAAAGAUUAUCUAUGACAAUCAGUGUUGCAAUGAAAAAAAAAACUAAAAAGGAAUUAUAUUCUUAGUCCUGGGUGAUGUGAGAGGUAAAAUAGCCCUUGAAGUGAUCAGUGUCACUUAUUUCAGCACUUGGAUUGUCUUGCAAUGAUUUCUGUGUUGCUAACUCAUUUUCUUCGAGUUAAAGCUGUGUAUAUGUUUUAAAAGGCAUAUAGAUAGUGUAUGCAUAUGUAUAUGUACAUAGGGAAGCCCUAUAUGUAUAUAGUAUGUUGUACACUGCACUUGUGCAAAGGAUCUCUUCAGAUCAAAGAAACUUUAUCUCUUUUUAUGAACUUAUGCAAACUUUGAAAACACUUAAAAGAAUUUAUCUCAACACUAGCCUUCCUGACAAUUUUCUGACUAAACGUCUCAACUGCUAUAGAUUUUUUCAUCUACUUCCUGAGCAAUGGUCUAUUCUACAACAUGAAAAUGAGUUCAAACAGAAUUUAUGUAUAAACACUCUUCUAAUUCUCUAAAGUGGCAGCCUUGUAACCUAAAUAUAGAUUCUGUCAUCAUUUUGGUCAAACUUACUACUGCAUCAAACAGUUGUGUGCAUUUACAAAUUAUCAGUGCUGAGAAGGUGUUUCUUUUCCAUUUUGUUUGUUUUUCCAUCUCAUGGUGAGUGGUCCAGAGGGUUGAAAAUGCUCUCUGUGUUGGUCUUAGUGUCUGUGUCAAUCUAAUCCUCCAUUAGUGACCGUACCUCAAGUAGGUCUGAUACCAUUUAAUGACAUUUGAUGCAGAUCGUGCCAUCCAUUCAGAUGAAAGUUACUUUUCUUGAGCAAAGCUUUUCCUUUGGCAUUGACAGCUCUCUUCUGCCAGGGAAUUUUAAAUAGCCCGUUUCAUGGCUGUGUGUUAUGUAACACAAGUGCUUAUUUUAAAUGGCAUUCUCACCCAGUAGGCCAGCUCUCCAAACGUUGCUUAGAUGCUCCAAAAUGAACAUAUUUUAAGUUUGCCAUUAUAAAAUACCAGCACAACUACAGGACCUAAGCCAAAAGUCUGUGGACCACUUUCUAUUUUCCUGAGGUUUUCUACCCCUCCAAAUAUCCUUGCAAAUAAUUGAGAGAGAUAUUCUAAUAGUCACUGAACACUGAAAAAAAUAGGUAGUUUAGAAACCAGAGCCAUAGAUUUAUUUUGAGUUUGUAAUAAAAAGUAACAAUUUCCUAAUUCAUUGAACAAGCAUCACCUAAAAUUGAAUUUUAUCUUUUUAACAAUUAAUAUCCACUACUCAUACUUAAAAUUUUCAGCACUUCAUUCAAUUAAAACACAUGAACUUUAAAUACAUUGUGUGGAUUUGUGAGGCAUGGUAAUACUUAGUAUUAAAUCUAAAAGCCAUCCCACUGAUCAGAAGUCAUGUAACUUAACUGUACUUACACAAAUGUAAAAUCUAUAAGGGACAGAUGUUAAGACAUAAAAAUAAUAAAUAUCACACUGCCGUAAAGGUCCAAAACAUGUACUGUAUCAGCAUUGGAUUCAUGUAAUAAGGUAAAUAGAUAAAAAAUUAGAGGUGGAUAUCUUUUUUUGUGUCAUGAAUUACUGAAAAUUCUUAGUAGUUGUGACAUUCUUUUGAGUGAAAUCACAUUUCCAGAUUUGAGUUAGAAAGGCUUUUAUAGUUAUUUUUUCCUCCCCACUGUUAAUAAUCUUAAUCCUCUUUCAGUAUUUUAGUGGCCUUGAACAACUGGUUUAGCUACAAUGUCAAAUCCUCAAUGUGUAAUUAUGUGCAAUGUUCAAUACCUCAUAGAAUAUUUGUUCAACAGUAUCAUAGUGUCAAUGGCAUUGAGAUGGGAUUUGUGUUCUACAUAUUUUUUCAAUAAUUUGUCCUUUCCAAUGUUGAAGAUUAUAUCAGGCUUUAACGUUUUUUAGUUGUUUAAAUAAGUAAUAUUUUCAAAAUAAUAAAAUGACCAAUGAUA